AUGGGGAUUCUUGGAGACAGAACUUCCAGAAAGAAAAGAAAUUCAAAGGGAUUACACGCACUUGCAGAGGGGUCCCUUGCCUUGGCUAGGGCCCAUGCAGUUCUAAAUGAAACUGAAAAAAAUCUUGAGCAUGAAAUAGAACGAGAAAACAGAAAACCGCCGACAUCCAAAGUGGGAAAACUCAGAUACAAGGGAGAAAAAUUUAUGCAUACCAAAUGGAUUCUUCUGGCCAUUGUAUUGCUCAAUAUUGUGGACUGCAUCCUGGUGAUGGGAGAACUCAUACUGGAUAUCUAUUAUCUCAAAGGGGUUGUUGAUCACGACGAAACAGAGGCGCUGAAUUUUGUUACGCAGAUGAAAACUCGAUAUCCGACUGCUCUGUCCAGCUUCCGCUACGACUAUUCGGAACUAGAUGAACUCCACACUAAGAUAUUAUCAGCUCGCAUUGAUUUUAACAGUACAUUUAGUUCACGUAGUGGGACGAACAACAACGUAGCCUAUACCACACCCUCCACUUCAAUGUUGACCACCUUGUUGACGAAAGAUGUUUUGACCACUGGUUUCCAGAAUUCCGGAAGAGUGAAAAGAGCUGCAACUCCAAACAAUGACAUCGAAAACACCGGAAGUAGAAUAAAUGAACAUGUGGAUAGUUAUCCAAUUGAAGUUGAUUUGGCACACUACUUUCAUUAUUGUAGCAUAGCUAUUUUGGCGAUUUUAGUUGUUGAGAAUAUAAUAAAGCUUUUUAGCAGUGGCAAACAGUACUUUGGGAACAAGCUAGAGGUAUUUGAUGGCUUCAUAGUGGUUGCUUCUUUUAUCGUGGACCUGGUUUUCAUCAAAGGCUUGAGUGCGUACCGGGUUCAGAAGUUUGUCGUCAUUCUAGCAUUCUUAGUACCGUGGAGAGUUGUCCGUGUUGUUAACAGUUUGGUGGUUGCUGUUAUUGACCAUGAACACUUCCGGAUGAAGCUGAUGUACAAGCAAAAGAAACAGAUUGCUGCCGAUCUUAAAACUGCGAAAGCUAAUUUCAAAGACCUGCAGAUUUGUUUCGAGGCGAUGAGAAAACUUGCAGCGUCUGCAGGUGUUGAAAUGAAAGAAAUCGAAGCUGUUAAUGCUCUCCAUCCCGAAUUCAAGUCGAAGAGGAAAGGAUUGACAGGAUUUGCCUCCUCCUUCGCCAAACAGUCCAUCCAGACGCAGCUAUCCAACAGUGCGUUUGGUAGUCUAUCGGUAGACGGCACUUCAUUCAGCAACAACACCGAAUCCUUCAACACGAACUCCCACAAUCAUAUAUAAAAAUAUACCAAAUUUUUGUAUUUGUUUAAAAUUUGAUCAAUGAUAUGUUCUAAAAAUGUUGCAUAACUGAUUGGAAAUAAGCACUAAAUCAGCACAAAA